UUAUUGUUUUUACAUGACGAUUGCCAAGUGACCCGAGUGACCAUUUUUUUAUGUCAAAAGAAGUGAAUUUUGACUGCCUUUACAUACGAUAUAAUUUUUUAGUUGUUCUUCGUGCAUCGAUUUGUGUCUGUGCGGUCAUUAUCUCUCGUUUUUUUUGUAUGCAAUUGUUUUAUCCAGCUGGUAAUAUGUUUUUAUAUGGUGCAGUUUCAGUUGAGCAAAAAAAACAGCGUGGUGCGCGUAUAUAAUUUACCUGUGGCCGUGUCAAUAAACUCGAUCCAAAGGUGUGCCUAUGUAACAACAGUCGUGAAAGUGAAAAUUAAGGAUUAUUGCAUUAUUGAAAAAUUGGAUACGACUUUUCCAUUUUAUUCAAUCCUCCAGGAAUGUUUUUGCAACGAGAAACACAUUUAAUGACAACAGGUUACAGGUCGUGUACUUUGACGAAAAGAUGAGAAAAAAAGGUCAUUGCAGGGGCGGUGGGGUAAGCUGAUCUCUAGAAUGUCAUGGCAGCCGAAAUGAGGUCGCCAAACGUUUCCGUUACCCCCAUUAAAGUGGAGCAGUAUUCUCCACCCGCCACCCCAACGGUGUUCUCUAACGGAACUCCGCCCGCAACCCAUCAGCAACGAUUGACCACCCAUUUAUCCCUCAAUGAAUCUCCACAUCAUGGCAGUCGCCCAUCGUCUGUGGCCAACACCCUCGCCGUUCUUCCUAAUGGAGACAUUUUGGACAGCAGUUCGGACGCGGAGGUUGCUCAAAUUGACUUCCUCCAAUCGACCAUGGUGAACAUGAGACAAAAAAAGAAGAAACGCGACGAAAUCCCGAGACCUAUGUCGUGGGAGGGAGAGCUCUCAGACGGCGACAAUGAGAUGUGUAUAGAUGAGGACAGUAUAUCUCAGUUGCCCGAAAAUCUGUCGGUUUCUCGGCCGAAAGAGGAAGACACGUGUUCACCGGUUCGUUUAAAGCCACAAAAGCAACUGCAGUCAACGACAGUGAGUGCUACACCAGCCCCGAACUAUUCGUUACACAGCACCCCGAACAAUUCACCGUUACUGGGACAACGACAUCCAACCAGCGUACCUCUGCUCACGUCCCAUCACAAGGAAUUGAUGCAAAAGGCCCUCAACGUGCCUCCGACACCUAGUCCUGACUCGGCCGUCCAUUCCGCCUACAGUGUGUUCAGUUCUCCUAGCCAGUCGCCGCUGACGCAACGCCAUCUUACCCCUAACCUAAGCCGAAAUAAUAGCGACGCCUCACACUCGAGUUGUUGCAGCUAUUCGAGCGUUUCAGUUUCUGUUUCACCCACUCAACAGUUCUCGCCUACCCAUAGCCCCAUACAGGGGCGUCACGUGCCCAAUGCCGUCCAUAAUAGUCCUUUGCAUCACAACGUGUUGUAUCGCUCAGUCCAGGACGACAGUAGUGUGCAGUACUCCACACAUCCUGAUCAUGAGGUGUUAGAGGAGACCGACGACAAGACCGGAUUGACGCACGCAUCUCUUCCUCCUCAGUCAGGCAUUUCAAGACAACAGCUCAUUAAUAGUCCUUGUCCUAUAUGUGGUGACAAGAUUUCUGGCUUUCACUACGGCAUCUUUAGUUGCGAGUCGUGCAAAGGAUUUUUUAAACGAACCGUUCAGAAUCGAAAGAAUUAUGUAUGCCUGAGGGGCGCCUCCUGUCCCGUAACCGUAACCACGAGGAAAAAGUGCCCAGCAUGCCGCUUCGACAAGUGUUUGCAGUGCGGUAUGAAAUUGGAAGCAAUAAGAGAAGAUAGAACUCGAGGUGGUCGUUCGACGUACCAAUGCUCAUAUUCGUUGCCGCCGUCACUUAUAGGGCAUACGGAAUUGCGAACCAGUAGCACAACAGAUCUACGACAGGGUUAUAGCGAUCUAGCGCCCCAAGUCUUCCGAGUUAAACUAGAGCCAAGUGAACAAGGCUCCGGAUCGCAGUAUCCAAAGAGGUCAACGCCUCCCGUAUCCGCACGACUCAGUGUCCCUCCAUUAUUGCAGGAAAUAAUGGAUGUGGAGCAUCUUUGGCAUUAUAGUGACGUGGAGCUGAGCAAGAUAAAUGAGUGUACGUUUGGAGGAGACGCAGUUGGAACAACCACGACAGCGACGAGUACGGCAUCCGGCACUCCUGUGCCGAAUAUUUCGUCACACCCUUUGUUAGCGGGUACGGCGCUCGCGGGAUCUGCUGACACGAACCCAGAUUUUGUAGCAAACCUAUGUAGCAUCGCCGACCAUCGAUUGUACAAGAUCGUUAAGUGGUGUAAGAGUUUGCCACUUUUUAAAAAUAUCUCGAUCGACGAUCAAAUUUGCCUUCUCAUUAAUUCAUGGUGUGAAUUAUUGCUUUUUUCGUGUUGUUUUCGUUCAAUUUCAACGCCAGGUGAAAUUCGGAUUUCAGUUGGAAAGAACAUAACUCUGGAGAAGGCGAAAGAGAUGGGCCUGGGGGCUUGCAUCGAACGCAUGCUCAAUUUCACAGAUCAUCUAAGAAGACUGCGUGUCGAUAAGUACGAGUAUGUCGCGAUGAAAGUCAUCGUACUUCUUACGUCAGAUACAUCGGAGUUGCGUGAAGCCGAAAAAGUACGUGCGAGCCAGGAGAAAGCACUACAAGCGUUACAGCAUUAUACAUUGGCACACUAUCCUGACACGCCAGCCAAAUUUGGAGAGCUCCUUUUGCGAAUUCCCGAACUUCAGAGGACUUGUCAGGUUGGAAAGGAGAUGCUGACCAUAAAGUCGAAGGACGGCGAAGGCCCAAAUUUCAACCUUCUACUCGAGCUAUUGCGUGGGGAUCAUUAACGUUGACAUGUUUUCUAGGCCCCUCUUUUGUCCUAAACGUCGUCAUUCUCUCAUUGUGCCUUAUUUAGCUUUGGUGGCGGUGUUUUUAUUUUAUUCCUUUUCUAUUCCGUUUUGUUUUUCUCGACUUUUGCCCCUUUUUUCUGCUUCAUUUCCUCUCAUGAUAUUAUUAUUUUAAUUAUUCCUCUUUACGAACAGUAUUUUUUCCUGCUUUUUCAAAUGUUGUUAGCUUUAAUUUGAACCAAUUGCAUGUACUUAGACAGGUGUUUCCUCGAUUUUUUUUAAAUAUAUAU